AUGUCCCCACCCUAUGAAGUUAAGCGCGGACACGGCAGCUCCGUCGCAAGGCCGCUCAGAGACCUGGACGAAAUCCCAUCCAACAAACAGGAAUGGCACGAAGCGAUGCAAACGUAUGGCCUUCAACAGCGCACCCUCGAGCAAAUGUGCAUGGAAGCUGAAGACCUUGUAUCGCAUUAUAUGCACCCCAAAGGAACCCCGCAGGCGCACCCCUCCCGAAUUCUUCGGCACGCUUGCAGAUGGGUUAGGCCCCUUCUCGAUGCUGGUCAAUUUUGUACGACCAACUUCUGGAUAGAUCGAUUCAAGCCCCAAAUCCAUGAAAGUCUAUUGAGCGGGGCUCCCGAAAGGGCCAGAUUCUAUGACGCCACGCGGCCCUCAACAGUUGUAGAUCCUACAAGUCCAACCCGCCAGGGCUUUAUCUCAGAGGAGCUGAUGACACACGUCGAAGAUCAGCCGAUAGCUCGUUGUCCUGCUCGUACGUGUCCGCCUGCUGCAGCUUCAGUUACAGAACCAACAGAUGGGGAACCACCUUGCCGAACCCCAGCCGAGACUCUAGUUGUGGAUUUUAUGGUUACUCUACUCGGGGGGGGGGGGGGGUUAGCAAGCCUUGUUUGUACAGACUCUCAACCCCAGGCCCUCUGCAUCGCAAAUGCCUUUGAGACAACCUGUACAUUUGGCCCUGUCCGCAAUACUUCUCAGCAACAAGUCGACGUUGGGUUCCGAGCCCGUAUUGAUGGGAGCAUCCCAUUCGGUCUAUCUCUGGCUGGGAUGCCACCUGAAGCCGCGAUAUUCGAAGCAAAACGUGCGGCACGUGGAGAGAGCAGGGGCAGUAUCCUGUUUUGGCCCAGCAGUUCGAUGAAGCAUGUCGCCUACAUCUGGAAACGCCAUGAAGAUGACCUGACGGUGAUACCAACCCCUUAUAAAUUAUUAUUCUUUCUAUAUUAA